UAUCAGAGUUUCCUGAUUCCAUUAUUCUCUCCAUACUCUUCUAAGACAGAAGAAAAGACCACCUGCAAAUGGAGAAAGAAUCCAGUUCGACCUUUCAAUUUCCUCCAGGUUUUAGGUUCCACCCAUCAGAUGAAGAACUCAUAAUUCAUUACCUGCAGAACAAGGUCACUUCACUUCCGCUUCCAGCACCAGUGAUUGCCGAUAUAGACCUGUACAAGUAUAAUCCAUGGGAGCUACCCAGUCUGUUCUACACCAUUUUCUUGUGUACUCGUUUCAUUUUACUCCUCGAAACUUAAGACUGCAGAUCCCGUUUUCCUUGUUUCAUGGCUUUUGGUUUUCUUUUUGUCCCAGCAGAGAAGGCUUUAUUUGGGGAAGAUGAGUGGUAUUUCUUCAGUCCAAGAGAUAGAAAAUAUCCAAAUGGUGGAAGACCAAACAGGGCAGCAGCUUCCGGUUAUUGGAAAGCAACAGGAACCGACAAGCCAAUACUUGCUUCUGGGGAAUCAAGGAGCAUAGGAGUCAAGAAAGCUCUUGUCUUCUAUACUGGUCGCCCAACCAAGUCGGCCAAGACAGAUUGGAUCAUGAAUGAAUACAGGUUGCUCGACACAGUAAUCAGGCCAUCAAGGUUAAAAGGGUCCAUGAGACUGGAUGAUUGGGUGCUAUGCAGAGUGCGACAAAAAACAAAGGUACCUAAAAAGAAUGUUCAAAACCAAGAUAGACAAUCACCUGAAGCACCGAGGUACUCACUACAGACCGAGGCAGCACAACCUACAUGCACAUACUUCAAUCCUCAUAUGAGCAUGGAUCAUCUGUUCAAAGAUUGCCAACUUAUAGCAUACCUGCUGGCUGGGAAAGCUCCACCCGCCAUGGAAGCCAUCUCUAAUAUAAGUGUUGAAGGCAGUAGGAAUGGUAACAAUAUAAACUCAGUUUAUUAUGAAAGUUCUGAUAAUAUAGAUUCUCCAAGUACUGUGUAUCCAACAAGCAAUUGUGUCAACACAUUAAAAAGGAAAGCUUUUGAGUAGAAUGAGCAUAACAUUUGCA